GGGCCCUCAGGCGGAGCGGCGGGCGCCGGACCCCCAGGCGGAGCGACAGGUCUCGGGCCCUCAGGCGGAGCGGCGGGCCCGGACCAGGCGGAGCGGCGGGCGCCGGACCCCCAGGUGGAGCGACAGGUCUCGGGCCCUCAGGCGGAGCGGCGGGCGCCGGACCCCCAGGCGGAGCGACAGGUCUCGGGCCCUCAGGCGGAGCGGAGCGGCGGGACCGGACCCCCAGGCGGGACCCUCAGGCGGAGCGGCGGGCGCCGGACCCCCAGAUGGAGCGGGACAGGUCUCAGGCGGGCUCGACCCGGAGCGGGGCGCCGAUCUGGCGGCAGUGGGCUCCGAGUCAACUGGCAUGACCGCUGGCACUGGGUCAGACAUUGGAUCGUCUGGCUGGACAGCGGGCUCGGGUCACCAGGCAUCAGGUCAUUUGGCUCGACAGCGGGCACCGCGUCAUCUGGCAAGGCAGUGGGCUCCGAGUCAACUGGUAUGACCGCGGGCACUGGGUCAGACAUUGGAUCGUCUGACUGGACAGCGGGC